AGCAAGGGUGUUUUUUUGACAGCUGUAUUACUGCUGAUAAGCAAGACUCUGCGAGAUGAUCAAGUACUGAGACACGCAUCCAGAACAGCAGCACAGCAGCACUAUUCACUACGAGCAGUGGCAGUCAGUAGCAGCAGCAGGAGCAGUAGCAGCACUAACAGCAGCAGCAGCAACAGCAACUCUCUCGUGCCUUUUUCUUCUUCUUUGUGGAGUUGUAAUCUGUUCUGAGGACAACAGCCGGAGAAGACGGGACAAGUGGAUCAGGGCUGACAGCUGUCAUCAAAACAACCCCAAACGCAGAGCUGGCUGCCCACAUGCCGAUCGAAUUUGUUUGCAAAAUCAAAUUUGCAGAGGAGGAUGAGAAGCAGAAAGCCAAGCAGGAUGGGGACAAGGAGAGCCUGAUUGAGGAGAGCUGCUCACCUCCAGCUAAGGACCUGGUCGGCUUCGCCAACUCCAGCUCUCUCCACGGGAUUAACCACAUCUUUGUCUCGGGGCGCCUGGGCAUUCGGCAGACCCUCUGGGCACUUGCCUUUUUGGCUUCUCUGGCACUCUUUCUGUACCAGGCGGCAAAGUGUGCCAUCUCUUACCUGGAGCACCCUCACGUCACCGCUCUGAAUGAGGAAGCGAGCCCUGAGAUGGUCUUUCCCGCUGUGACCAUCUGCAACAUCAACCGCUUCCGCUUCUCCGCUCUCACCGACGCCGACAUCUACCACCUGGCUAACCUCACAGGUCUACCACCAAAAAACCGGGAUGGCCACAAGCCCACCGAUUUGGACUAUCCGGCGCCGGACAUGCAGGACAUCUUCAACCGGACAGGACAUCAGCUGGACGAGAUGCUGAAGAGCUGCAACUUCAGUGGACAGAACUGCUCUGCUGAGGACUUCUCUGUGGUCUACACCAGAUACGGAAAAUGUUACACUUUCAACGGGAACAAGUCGACGUCCAGGAAGACCAAGCAAGGUGGAAUGGGAAAUGGCCUGGAGAUUAUGUUGGAUAUUCAACAGGACGAGUAUCUCCCCAUCUGGAAAGAGACAAAUGAGACGUCGUUAGAGGCAGGGAUCCGCGUGCAGAUCCACAGCCAGGAUGAGCCUCCCUACAUCCACCAGCUGGGCUUCGGAGUCUCCCCGGGAUUCCAGACCUUUGUUUCAUGUCAGGAACAAAGGCUGACCUACCUGCCCCAGCCCUGGGGGAACUGCCGCUCCACCAGCGACCAGAUGAUCCCGGGAUACGACACCUACAGCAUCAGUGCCUGCCGCCUGCGCUGCGAGACCAGGGAGGUGCUCCGGGAGUGCAACUGCAGGAUGGUGCACAUGCCCGGAACUGCCGAUAUCUGCACUCCCAGUAACAUCAAGUGUGUUGACAAGGCGCUUGCCCUUCUCCAGAAGAGCACUGGGGACACCUGUCCCUGUGAGACACCAUGUAACCUGACCCGCUACGGCAAGGAGCUCUCCAUGGUCAAGAUCCCCAGCAAGGGCUCCGCUCGCUACCUGUCCAGGAAGUACGACAAGUCUGAGGAGUAUAUCAGAGACAACUUUCUGGUGCUGGACAUCUUCUUCGAGGCUCUUAACUAUGAAACAAUUGAACAAAAAAAAGCGUACGAUGUCGCAGGUUUACUAGGUGACAUUGGAGGCCAGAUGGGCUUGUUCAUUGGAGCCAGUAUUUUGACAAUCUUAGAAAUUUUGGAUUAUGUUUACGAGGUGAUCAAGCACAGGCUGCAGCGUCUGCUGAGGCCACAGAAGGAUGAGAAGAAACAACAGACGACCACGGUUGCAACUGUGGAUCUGCAAGAUAUGAAAGCCAGUAAGGAGUCCAGUGAUUUGACCAUGACCAGAAGUCAUCCUGAAGGAGCUUACGCCAAUACGAUUCUACCGAACCACCAUCUCCCCCACCACCAAGGACAGCCACAUGGAGUGUUUGAGGACUUUGCCUGCUAGAGCCGGCGGCCAUCUUUCCAUCCUGAUGACAACAAAAGUUGUGUCCUCUCUGGGCUGGAUCGUGGGACCUCAGUUCUAUACCUUUCUUGCUGUCACCAGUGAAAAAGCUACAGCCAAAGUUGAACACCAAACCUGUGCUGCAAACAGACCACUUGUAUGUAAGCACAGAUUGGACCCUACAUUUACUGUCCAGCUGGAGACGCCCACCUUCAAUCUUCCUACAAUUGACAGCUGGCCACUCUGCGAUUUCUAUACUGGUUAUUUUGGUACAUGGUCACCACAUGGGAACAAGACAAGGACUGCAUGUCAUUUUGAGCCAUCUUGAUUCAUUUCUACUCAACUCCAGUAUCUUGAUUUGUGUACCUUUCUUAAUUUGUUAUUAUUCUCAAUAAGUUCUCACUCAGCUCACUGUUUUUGAAUCAUUGUAAAAUAUGUCAUUAUUUGAUGAGAUAUAAUUUCCCCUUUAUAUUGUAUACAAGAUGAGUAUAAGACAGGUGGUCAUAUUCAAUCGAACCAUUAUACAGAGAUAUCAAACAAAAUCAGAGGAAUUACAUUGAUCUUUUGGCGUGUUAAAACCAUACUAUCCUCGCUUUGAUGAUAGGGCCCAUACUGCGUACCAGCUAUACACUAUUUAGUAUUUAUUAGGAUCCCCAUUAGCUGCUGCCAAGGUAGCAGCUACUCUUCCUGUGGUCCAAGCAGGGUUAAAACAAUUACAUCACAACCAAACACAACAGCCGAAAUCAUAAAUAAAACAACACAUCAUACAAUAUAUUA